UACUUCGCCUUCCCCCCACACCCCAAUGCGCUCUCACAUGGAGUCGUCGUCGUCUCCCCAAACACGACGACCUCGAACCGCCUCCGUCCCCGCCUCGCCAACCCGUCCCCUUCCCCUGUAGCCACCGCGACCACCACCACCACCACGCCGCGGCAUCCACAACGCCACCAGAGUACAGAGACGUUCCACCCACCCCGGGCCACCGAACCCAACCCCCCCAGCUCGCUCGAUCGAUCGCUAGCUCCGACGACAGGUUUGAGCGCGAUGAGGCAUCCCGGCGCGGGCGGCGGGAGCGGGGACGCCGGGUUCGUCCGGGCGGACCAGAUCGACCUCAAGAGCCUCGACGAGCAGCUGGAGCGCCACCUCGGCCGCCCCGCGGAGCGGGCCGCGUCGCAGCACGGGGGCAGCGGGAGCCGCCGCGGCGAGUCCGCCAGGCUCGGGCUCGGGGAGGAGCCGCCGCAGGCGCCGCACCAUCAGCGGCGCCGGGAGGACUGGGAGAUCGACCCCGCCAAGCUCGUCAUCAGAGGCGUCAUCGCCCGCGGCACGUUCGGCACCGUCCACCGCGGCGUCUACGACGGCCAGGACGUCGCUGUCAAAAUGCUUGACUGGGGGGAGGAUGGCCAUAGAUCAGAACGAGAAAUUUCUUCACUAAGAGCAGCAUUUGCACAAGAGGUCGCUGUCUGGCAUAAGCUUGAUCAUCCAAAUGUUACCAAGUUUAUUGGGGCUAUAAUGGGUGCAAGAGAUUUAAAUAUACAGACAGAACAUGGACAUUUUGGCAUGCCAAGUAAUAUUUGCUGCGUUGUUGUCGAGUACCUUGCCGGAGGUGCACUGAAAAAUUUUCUGAUAAAGAACAGGAGAAGGAAGCUAGCCUAUAAAGUUGUGGUCCAAUUGGCUCUUGACCUUGCUAGGGGAUUAAGCUAUCUUCACUCAAAGAAGAUAGUUCAUCGUGAUGUGAAGACUGAAAAUAUGCUCCUUGACAAAUCAAGAACAGUGAAAAUCGCUGAUUUUGGUGUUGCACGAAUUGAGGCUUCAAAUCCUAGUGAUAUGACGGGUGAAACAGGCACACUUGGUUACAUGGCACCCGAGGUUCUCAACGGCCAUCCUUACAACAGGAAGUGUGAUGUAUAUAGCUUUGGAAUCUGCCUAUGGGAGAUAUACUGCUGCGAUAUGCCGUAUCCUGAUCUGAGUUUCUCAGAGGUCACUUCAGCUGUUGUUCGUCAGAACUUGAGGCCUGAGAUACCGCGCUGCUGCCCUAGCUCCUUGGCCAACGUGAUGAAGCGCUGCUGGGACGCGAACCCGGACAAGCGGCCGGCGAUGGCGGAGGUGGUGUCCAUGCUGGAGGCGAUCGACACGUCCAAGGGCGGUGGCAUGAUCCCGACCGACCAGCCACAGGGAUGCUUCUCGUGCUUCGGUCGGCACCGAGGCCCCUGACGAACUUGAUCUGAUGGCGUCACUGAUAAUUUGUUAUCGCUAUAUCUCAGUGUAAUCUAAUCGCAUUCGCUAUGGCUAAUUUGAGGAGCUGUGUGAUUGAUGUAAAUGCCUUAACGGUCCAGCACCUCAGCUUCAUCGUCGUAUGAUCGCUGCGAAUCCUAAUGCUUGGCCUAUGAUAAGAUCGAGCUUAGAAGAGAUUAUUGUGACAGAGCUGCCGACGAAGUUUACAAUCUCAUCAUAUAUGGUCAUGAAGUAGACCCACUGUACUAUUGCAGUGUAAUCGACAUCUUUGCAGAAUGUUAAUAAAAGAACAAAAUCAGGAUGUAUAAUUCCGAGUA